AUGUCUACCUUCUACGAUUUAUCUCCUCUUGACAAGGCUGGCAACCCUUAUCCUUUCUCAGAAUUGAAGGGAAAGGUUGUCUUGAUUGUCAAUGUUGCCUCCAAAUGUGGUUUCACUCCUCAAUAUAAGGGAUUGCAGGAAUUGUAUCAAAAAUAUAAUGAAAAGGGUUUGGAGAUCAUUGGUUUCCCAUGCAAUCAAUUUGGUCAUCAAGAGCCUGGUACCCAAGAAGAAAUUGCUUCUUUUUGCUCCACGACCUAUGGUGUUACUUUUCCCAUUAUGAAAAAAGUCGAUGUCAAUGGUGCGAAUGCUGAUCCUGUUUAUGAAUAUCUUAAAUCAAAGAAAAGUGGUUUAUUGGGUUUUAAAGGUAUUAAAUGGAAUUUUGAAAAGUUUUUAGUCAAUCAAAAUGGCGAAGUUGUUGAAAGAUAUGGUUCAAUUACAAAACCUGAGUCUAUUUCUCAAAAGAUUGAAAAGUUAUUGUAG